CUCUCAAGACAUAUCACUGCGCGUUGAUUGCCUACUUUCAAGUGAUGAAUGGGGACCUAAUUAACACGAUGGUGUUUUUUGAUGGGCAUUGACAAACUGCAUCUUGCUGUAUUAUUAUCUGGUUAAAAUAUGAUCCCGCACUUUUCGAUUUUGUGUGUGAUGACUUUAGGCACUUUGCACGUCGUGUCAUCUCUGGAGCUGCAACCUGGCAUGCCAAAUGUAUGUACCGACCAGGGGAUGUCUGUGGUGGGCACCCGGCAGCCUUGUGUUCAGGCUUAUACCCGAUUGGUCAAAGUGUGGAAGCAGGGCUGCACUGGACAUCAGUGGUGUGUGGGAUAUGAAAGGAGGACUACAUACUACACAGGAUAUAGGCAGGUGUACAAUAUGAAUGCCCACACAGUCUACAAGUGUUGCCCUGGUUGGAAACAGAAGAGUGAUGAAAUGGGUUGCCUGCACAGAGAAUGUGAUUCCCAUACAUGCUUUAACGGAGGACGGUGCACAGACAGUGGGGACCAGAUCUGUCACUGUCCAGAGGGCUUCAAAGGAACACAAUGCCAGUAUGAUGUAAACGAAUGUGAAGUGGACCAAGGCGGCUGUGAGGGCUACUGCUGUAACGUCAUCGGGAGCUACUACUGCAAGUGUCCAGAGGGGAGCAGACUGGGCCCGAAUGGCAAGUCUUGUCAGGAUGUGGACGAAUGUGAGGAGAUGAAUGGAGGAUGUCAGCAGACCUGUGUCAACACCCCCGGCUCCUACCACUGUGAGUGCAGUGAGGGCUUCCGCAUGCACGCCGAUGGACGCACAUGUAUUGCUCUGAAUUCCUGCUCCGUCUUGAAUGGUGGCUGUGAACACAAGUGCGUGGACUUGGGGAAUAAUCAGUACAAAUGCGAGUGCCGAAAGAACUACCAGCUGAAAAGAGAUGGGCGCCACUGUGAAUUGAGGAACCCCUGUGCGGAGAGGAACGGCGGCUGUGCCCAAAUGUGCCACUCAGAUGAGGGUCGGGUGGAGUGCAGCUGUAGGCCUGGCUUCACCCUGGCUGCGGAUGGCAAGAACUGCAAUGAUGUGGACGAGUGCACCUCCGGCCGGGCCAAGUGCUCUCAUGGCUGUGUGAACAUGGUGGGCUCCUUCAGCUGCAUGUGCAACCCAGGCUUCGAGCUCGGAGCUGACGGGAAGCAGUGUUAUCGCAUUGAGAUGGAGAUUAUAAACAGCUGUGAGAAGAACAAUGGCGGUUGUUCUCAUCACUGUGAGCACACAACCAACGGGCCCCACUGCUCCUGCAACCAAGGCUUCCAGCUCGCAGAGGAUCUCAAGACGUGCAUUGACAGUGACGAGUGCUCCGGGGGACAGGCCUGUUGCAGUCACUUCUGUAGGAACUACCCUGGAGGUUAUGAAUGCAGCUGCCAAGCAGGCCACACUCUCAACACAGAUGGCUGUGGCUGCGAUGAUGUUGACGAGUGUCUGGCGGAGACCGCGGACUGUGAACAUUACUGUGUCAACACUCUGGGCACUUACGAGUGUUUCUGUCGACAAGGCUUCCGCUUGGAACAGGACCAACACUCCUGCAUCUCUCUCUAUGCAGAACUGGAUGAGGAUGAAGAGGAUGAAGAGGAUGAAGAGGAGGAUGAGGGGCAGGUGCCAGCUCUACCAGACCUGCUGUUUCGAAAUACUCCCCAGCUCCUGCACUACACCGCAGCCUUACGCGCAGGUUACAACAACGACGAGAGUGACUACGGUGAUGAAGAGGAGGAGAGGGAAGCCCAAAGAGAGCGGCGCGGGGAGCUGAGACUUUACAGUCAGAUAGUUUGUCUUGCGGGAUCAUUUGGAGAUGACUGCACUCUGAGCUGUGAAGACUGUCUCAAUGGAAAAUGCAGUGAGAACAAAGAUCGGUGUGACUGCUCUCCUGGCUGGACUGGAAGCAUCUGUAAUCAAACUUGUCCAUUGGGGACGUUCGGGAAGGCAUGCAACAGUCUGUGCCGCUGUCAGAAUGGAGGCUCGUGUGACCCUGUGACCGGGAAGUGUGUGUGCCCUCCUGGAGUUCAGGGCCAGUUCUGCGAAGAUGGCUGUCCAAGGGGCUACUUUGGGAGACACUGCAAUAGAAAGUGUAACUGCCCUAACAGUGGACAUUGUCAUCGCCUGCUGGGAGCUUGUCUCUGCUCUCCUGGUUUAUAUGGUCGCUUCUGUCAUCUACCGUGUCCCAGGUGGACUCACGGCCCGGGCUGCUCCAGAGAAUGUGACUGCGUCCAAGAACAUUCCAGCGGCUGUGACCCCAAAACCGGGAAUUGUGUCUGUAAGGCUGCCUUCCACGGGGCGCGCUGUGAGAGAGAAUGUGAUUGGGGCUUCUUUGGCCCUGGCUGUGAGAGGAGAUGUGAGUGUCCAGGAGCAGUGUCAUGUGACCCCAGGACUGGACAGUGCACCCACACAUGUCCUGCAGGUCUCCAUGGAGACAAGUGUCAACACGCUUGUGAGAAUGGGUCCUAUGGAGAGAACUGCCGUCUGACCUGUAACUGCGGAGGAGCACCAUGUGACCCCACCAGUGGACAGUGUUUCUGCCCUGUUGGCAAGACUGGAGUCUCUUGUAAAGAAGACUGCCCUGAUGGAUUCUGGGGGUUGAAGUGUAAGUCAGUCUGCCCUUCGUGUGAGAAUGGAGCGUCCUGCAACAAAGUGACUGGAGUUUGUGACUGCACACCGGGCUUCACUGGGACUCACUGUGAGCAUAAAUGUCUCGAUGGUUACUAUGGAACAUCCUGCUCGUCCCAAUGCUCCUGUCCUCCUAAUGUCAGCUGUGACCCCCAAACUGGACGCUGUUUCUGCCCCCCUGGAAAGAAAGGACAUCACUGCACCAGCCCUUGUGAAUCUGGUUACUGGGGCGACGGCUGCCUCACUAAAUGUCAGUGUGGAGACAGCUCUGUGGAGUGUGACCCGGUGACAGGUCAGUGCGUGUGUGAGGACGGAUACACUGGGCUUCACUGUCAACAGAAGUGUGUGAUUGGCACUUACGGCCCCGGCUGUGCUCUCCAGUGCCAGUGUGAGAAUGCAGCUCUGUGUGACCAUGUGAGUGGGGCCUGCACCUGUGCGCCUGGUUACGCCGGGACGCACUGUGAAAAAAUGUGCCCGGACGGCUUUUACGGUCUUGACUGUGGCCAGAUGUGCAAGUGCAGGAACGGUGCCCGCUGCCACCACAUCACAGGAGCCUGCCUGUGCACCGCGGGCUGGGCAGGACCACACUGCAUUCUGGAAUGUCCCGAGGGUCGUUUCGGAGAGGGGUGCAGUCAAACCUGUGAAUGUCAGAAUGGAGCCAAGUGUGACCACGUGAGCGGUCGGUGCAGAUGUGAGCCUGGGUGGACUGGAAUCAGCUGUGAAGAGCCCUGUCCUCCAGGUCUCUACGGGGACCACUGCUCUGGCCAGUGUCUGUGUCAGAACGGAGGCUCCUGUGACUCUGUGAGCGGCCUCUGCUUUUGCCCACCCGGAUGGACUGGGGUGGCCUGUGAGCUAGAGUGUGAGGAGGAGUACUUUGGACAGAACUGCUCACAGACCUGCAGAUGUGCAAACAGAGGGAGAUGUGACAGGGUGACUGGGGCUUGUGCCUGUUUUUCCGGAUGGACUGGAGAUCUUUGUCAAACAGCUUGUUCUAAGGGCUUUUUUGGAGAGGCGUGCGAGCACCCCUGUGACUGUGUCCAUAGUACCAGCUGCCACCACAUAACAGGCCACUGUGAGUGUGAGCCAGGCUGGCGGGGCACCAGGUGUGACAAACCUUGCCUCCCUGGGUGGUUUGGUCCCUCCUGUAGCCAGCAAUGUCAAUGUCAACGUGGAGUGUCGUGUCAUCACCAGACGGGGAAUUGUGGGUGCCCUGCAGGAUUUACAGGCCCGGGAUGCGAAAAAAUUUGUCCUGAUGGUAUGUACGGCCAAAACUGCAGCCAGAUCUGCAAGUGCUCCGGAGACCAGGAAGAGUGCAAUCACAUCACCGGCAAGUGCAGCUGCCUACCUGGUUACCACGGCGCACGCUGCAACCUACGAUGUCGAGCGGGCACAUUUGGAUCCAACUGCAAAUCACGGUGCAGCUGUAUGAAUGGGGGGCGCUGUGACUUCAGGACCGGAGCUUGCUAUUGUCUGCCUGGCUACAUAGGAGCUAACUGCAGUUCAAGUUGUGCAAAUGGCUAUUAUGGGAAGGACUGUGCAAAGCUGUGCGCUUGUGGAGAGGGAGGACAGUGCCAUCCGGUAACAGGGAAGUGUGUCUGCGCGCCUGGUUGGAUGGGUCCUUCCUGCCAACAAGCGUGUCCGAGGGGCCGAUUUGGGCUUCAGUGCAGGAGUGCAUGCAGCUGCAAGAAUGGGGCCCUGUGCGAUCCCAUAGACGGGUCUUGUAAGUGUGGCCUGGGUUGGAUGGGGUCACAGUGUCAAACAGCCUGUCCAAUGGGAAAGUACGGCCCGGGCUGUGCUCACGAGUGUCAGUGUCUUCAUAACGCAACAUGUAACUCCGCAACAGGAGCAUGCAAAUGUAGUGUGGGUUACUACGGCAACUCCUGUCAACACCGUUGCCCACCAGGAUAUUUUGGAGAAGAUUGUGUCCAGACAUGUGACUGCAGAGUUGGACAAAUGUGUCAUCAUCAGACUGGGCAGUGCAUAUGUCCACCUGGGUACUAUGGGCUACUAUGUCAAAGAAGAUGUGAAGCUGGUACUUUUGGAGCAGGCUGCACAGGGUCAUGUGACUGUGCAGCUGACACCCCAUGUGACCCUCUGAAAGGGCAUUGUCUUUGCCCCCCUGGACGGACAGGACAGAGAUGUGAAAAAGCGCUGCUCCACCAACUCCCCGAGCAGCAGAGCCUCUCCAUGUCUCAAAGGAGGAAGAGGAGGAGGACGGGCAGCAAAAGCGUCUAAAAUACAAGUCAGAGUGGACGUUUAGACAGCUCGCCCCUGACACCAAACGCUCACAUCCUCCUGGCAAAAAAGGAUGUUAUAAAUAGCAGACUUCUCACAUGUCAGAGAGGGAGCCUCUGCAGGGACUGGACAGUAGCAUUUACUGCACAAGGGGCUGGCACCAGAAGGACAGACGAAGACAAAUCAACUUGAAAACUAAAAUGUGUAAAGAUGUAAACUGAAUUUAAAUAGUAUCUUGUUUGUAGUUGUAAGGUUGUGUUAUUUAUUGGAGUGUAGAGACAUCAAAUACGUAGUAAUGCAAAUAUAGACAUGCACUAUGGGAUGAAAACUGUGCACAUAGAAUGUGCAAUUAUUUACUUAAAGAUCCAAGGUGUAACUUUUCUGUCUCUGUGGAGACAUUAUUGAUUUGCCUAGAAUGUUCCAUGAUAGGACAUUACAUUAAUCAAUUUCCAUGAAGACACACAGAUGAAGUUACAGAUCAGAUCUGUGGGAAGGUCACCACGCUUACAGUUAGUAUGCAUGUUUUUAAGGAUUAGUGUAGUUUUGUUCAAUUUCUACCCUGGCUUUGCACAACAACUCAAAAGUUACACUUUUUUUAAUGUGAAUCUGUGGAGACAAUUCUAGGCAAGUGGCUGUGGCAGCCUUAACUACAUCAAAUACCUGCAGGUCUGUGCAAAAAAUAGUGCAAUUGCUUAGCUAAGAUUUAAACCCAAGGCACUCCACUGUUCCACUGUCAAAACAAAAUCAAUGAAUCUACAUUUUUUGUACAGCCAAAACAGAUCCAUAAAUGUCUUUGUUAUCAUCUCUAUUCAACUACUGUUUAUAUAUGUUUUACAGGAUUAAGUGGCAUUUUUAUGGUGAGAUAGCACAAUGCAGCUAAUAAUAUAUCAGCCUUUUCUAUUUAGCAUUACAGGGGCCUUGAAGUAGAAACUUUUUUGGAGUACAUCCAAGGAUUUAUAUUGACAUCUUUCUGAAUGUAACAACAUUUCCUAGUUACUUGUACCUUUUCUGCAGUCCAAUAGGGUGGUCGCAGAUUACUUUAAACUUGCACGUGUGGCACUUGUCUGUUAAUAAUGUAAAUGCAUUAGAAAUAUCUGACUUAUCAAAUAAGAUUGAUUUGCUUAUAUUUUUGCUGCUUUAUUUUACAAUACUACAAAGCAAUUUCACAGAAUCUUGUUUGUCUUAAUAUGACUUAAACAGCUUAAAAUACAAUAGAUGUAAUUAUAGCUAUAUUAUAUCUCAGGUCAUCAGCAGCUCACAUAUAACAGUCAAAUGGUGCUAUUUUGAUUUGUACAGAACUGUUUCAUAUUUGCUGUUUGUUAAAUGUCUGUUUGAGGGAGGCUGCAAAUAAAACUAUUAC